ACCUCCAAGCACCAUUCAGCUACCAUUUGGUACAUAGAGUCAUAGAUACAUAUUGCCAAGAAGUUAAGAGCCAUCAAGCUAGCUCUGCGAGGAUGUCUCUGGUGGCGAGGCUCUUCGACACGCUGUCCCUGCAGGACGCGUGGAAGAACCCCUUCAGCAGCAUCUUCGGCACGGCGGCCGGCGCCGACGCGUGGUUGGCGAGCGACACGACGGCGUUCGCGGAGACGUACAUCGAGACCCGGGAGACGGCGGAGGCGUACGUGUUCAGCGCUCGGCUGCCCGCCGGGGUGAGCAAGGAGGAGGUGCGGGUGGACGUCGAGGAGGAGGGCCACGUGCUCGUCAUCGCCGGCCAGCGCAGCGUGCGGCGGGAGGCCAGGACGGACGAGGCCCGGCACGUGAUCGAGCGCAGCUGCGCGUCGUUCUUCGGCAGGUUCUGCCUCCCCGACGACGCCGUCGUGGGGCAGGUCAGAGCCGCCAUGGACGACGGCGGGGAGCUCGUCGUCACCGUGCCUAGGAUCGGAGCUACCGUGGUGGCUCUGCCCGAGCCGGCCUUGGCCAUCGAGGUCGAGGCCAGCCCGUGCUGAUGCCGUCAUGCUGAUGCCGGCGCACACGAAGUAAGUUGUUCGUGUGAUCUGCUCGCUUGGCCGUGUGGCUUCACCAGAAAUCAAGGUGCUUGCUUGGUGUACGUCGUUCAUCCAUCCAUCCAUAUCCGUGAUCCGUCCGUCUGUGGUUCAGUGUGUGAGCGGCAGGCAAGUCUGUAAAAGCAAUGCGCAUGCAAGCGGCUUGUGUUAUUGCUACUCCCAUUUCGUAAUUCUUGUUAAGAUUGUACUAGUUUAAAUUUGAACUAAAAUCAUGUCAAGAAUCAUGAAAGUGGAGGUAGUACGUUUACAAGA